AGCCACUGACGGCGUGUGGGAGGCAGUGAUGUCUUGCUGGGAGGACGGGAACCAUCUCCUUUCCGCAGCUCAGCGGUGCAAGCUGGUAUCCGUCCUUCGAGCAGCGAGUGCCUUGGUAGACACUCUGCUGUUUUGCCCAAAAAAUUUCCUGCGGUCUCUGGUCAAGCAGUUGCCACAUGUUCCUCUGGAGGUGGUCUGUAGUCUUCACGCUGCUAGUCUGGCAAGUCUAGAGUCAUUCCUCAGAACAAGUGGAGCCUCAGUCCAGUACAUGGUUGCUGCCAUCACUAGUCUCAGCUGUGAGGAGAAUGUCUCUGCAGAACAGAUAGCUGUCAUGCAAACUGCAGCAGAGGCAGUGUGUGAACUGGUCACAAAGCAAUGUCCAGAGGCACUGGAGGUGGUGAAGCAACUGCCACAAGCCAUGCAAGCCACACCCACUUACUCCUUGUUGAGAGCAGCAGUUGCAAGUACUUCAAUCAGCUCUGCAGUGGCUGAGGCGGUUGGAGCAGUUAUGUUGAGCUCCCGGUUGGAGGAGCCUCCUCUCUCCAUGCCGGAGGCUGUCUCGCAGCAGGAAACCUGGCAGUACUCCUCCCUGCCACAGGCAACCAUUUCUCUCUACUCUGAUCUUCUUUCUGUGCUGGGUACCACUCAUUUUGCUGAGCUACUUCAAAAGGCUCUAAGUGUGGAGCAGCUCAACUGGCCAGCUCUGCUGCAGGCUGUGGUGUGUUUUCUUCAACACGAUCAGAGCACCCCCAGAUUACUGACUGAGUUGGUGGAGGGUCUGGUGUCUGAGGGACUGGAGGAAGGAGACACACAUUUGUUGGCCUGUGGUUUGCUGUUUGCAAGACAGGCAUCUUUGGAGGGAUCUCACCUCUUCACUUCCUAUGGCCACUGGCUUCAGAAUGUGUUUGGGGACAGAAGUGGCACUUUCAUUAAAGGAAAGAAAGAGUUGCUGUUUCUGCUAAAAAUGCUGAGUGCUUUAGUUCCUCAUGACCCAGUGUUUGCACUGAAGGCACAUGUGUCCCACCCUCCUCGUCAACUGGCCAAGUGUCUGGCUCAGGUCAAUGACUAUGUAACACUGGUGUCCACAAGACUGCAAGAUCUUGGAGAGAAGGUUCCAAGUGGAGGAAAAACUGAUGUUGAUGCGAGACAGGAGGUUGAGGAGGCCAUAGAGCACUACAGUUGCACUGGCUCUAUCCCUCAGAGUGUCAUAGAGGCCAGCAGAUUCAGACAACCGUACUAUUUAGGAAGAUUUCUCCCAUCGCUACUGUGUCCUUCCUCGACUUGUUCUGAACCAAGAGACCAGUUUAUAUCGGCUCUGGCAAGGGAAAAAAUUAUUCCCCCACGCAUGAUGAGGCGUUAUGAGAAGGCUUGUCAAGAAAUGAAAGGCAGAGAGAUGGAGAGUGUGACUGGAGAUGUGGUGUCAAUUCUGGAGGAGCUGCCCAGAGUUGUGAGAGAAAACUCAGGAGGUGUGGCCAGCCUCCUCUCUCGCCUCUCUUCGUGCCUCAGAGAAGAGACUCUCUCUCCAGUCAGAGCUCUGAAGCUUGUGGACCAUAUCCUGAGUGCCAUUGGCAAGACACUUGUCACUGAAUGGGAGAACAAGGAUCAUGGAUAUAGGUGGGUAGGGGACCUACUGGCUGUACUGAGCUCUCACACAUCUCUUCAUAGUCCACUCUAUGCUCGACUGAAUGAACUGCUGACCUCUCAAUUCGUGGAGCUGGUGGCAAUGCAGCUGUUUGCCGUUGCUGUGCUACUGUGUCAGGCCUUCCACGCAGCUCCUCCCAUGGCCGGCCUGGAACUGAAUGGCACUGCUCUGUGUACAGGCAAAGAGUUCUGCCUUGAUCUUCUCUGUCAAUUACGUCAUGAUAUGCCAACUCAGGCCUUGAGGUUUUGCUGUAUAUUCAUGGAGCAGUUCAUUCACAUAGAGAGAGAAACUCCUCUGCCAACUUGUCUGCUUCGUAAGAUGGUGUACAUGUACAAAAGAGCAAGAUUCCUACACUCGACUUUUACUGAAAAUACUGUGUUGGAAGCAGUUGAGAGGUUGCUGCUAGAGAAUCACUAUAUUGCUGAGCAGUGGCACAGCUGCAAGAUUUCGUUCGAAGCGUGGGUAUCAUGGGAGUUGGACGUCAGGGAAGAACGGACGGCUCGCCCAAUGAGACUGUCGUACCGAUGGAAAGAAGUCUACGGUACGUAUUUACCGUCUUCAUCUGCUGACCAGCUCUUUCAGACGUUGUUCAAGGCUUUAGUGCGCCAGCAACACUCUGCUGAGUUUGUUGCGAUCUUGCAGGAGCUGGCCCGUGUAGGCUGCAGCUCAUCGUCUCCACUAUUGGAAACUCUGCAGACUUUACUUAGUGAUGUAAGCAAUUAAUGUCGACCCUGUUCACUUUCUACCAGUAACCCAACCUAGAGCCGCAGUGUAUCCCUGGCCGCUUCCUCCAUGACGUUAGCAGUCUCUCUUCCUCCAUCCACUCUGUUCUGUGGCUGUAAAGAUGGUGAUGUAACGGUAGUUGGAAGCUUUGUCCAGCAGACUCUUGCUCCUCUGGUGCAGACCAUGAUGGCUUUGCCAUUCCACAUUACCCACUAUCUUCUACAGGGAGUCAGCUCUGUUGCAGGGGGUGGAGCCAAGCAGCUCUGUGAACUGAGUCCUUUCUUUCUGGCCUCCUUACUGGUCCACUGGCCUCUUUUUCCUAACAAACCUCCCUGUCCAUGUGAAGUGAUAGCCACUGCACCAUGGAUUCACAGUGGUAUGCAGGGUCCCCUACCGGUAUUCGUUUGUUCUGGUUUACUAGCACCACUCAGUGUGGCAGUGUGGCACAAAUUGACACAGCAGGAUGACACUGCUUCAUUACACCUGGCCCACCUUCCCAUACAUGUUGUUGUCUUUGUGGCUGUAUGCUGUGUACAUUGGCUGGCAAGCAACCCUCACCCACACCCCCUUCUCUCUACUGUGGAGACCCUUCUUGAGGCUUGUGUUGAACUAGAGCCAACAGCAAUGGAAGUUUUUCUCAGUGACCAAUCAGAAGUCCCAGAGUUUGUGAAGUUAAACCAUUUGCAGAUGUUGGCUGAAUUCCGGGGAACCUUCAGCUGCACACCAUCAAGUUCCUACCCAGUACUAUUGCUGAAACUAGCAGGAAGGCUUUCUGCACCAGUGCUAAAAUCCACACUGACUGCUACCACAUGCUUUCUUUGGCUGUGUGUAAAGGCCUAUGGGCAGUGUGUCAGUCUGUCUGCACCGCUCCCUAACAUUCCUCCACUAGCCUAUCAGCCAUUUAGUGUUCUGUUCAUUGGGGAAACUAAGUCUACUCUAGUGGCACUUGUAGAGCAAGCCGACCCUUCGCAGCUGCAGAAUGUACUGGAACAAUGCCCUGCAGAGCUCAAGCCAAUCCUCAUAUCAAAACUGAACUCACCUGAGAUGCAAUAACACUGUUUAAAGUAAACCUAACAAAUCAUCUUCAUCAGCACUAGAGCUCUGUUGAGAAUCACUCUUUUUACUUCUAUUUGUCUCUUUUGUCUGUGGACAGGAGAUGUUGGGUGGCUUUGCAAUGUCAGGCUCCUUUGUUUCCGUGCAUCUAGCCUCUCUCUUUCUUCUCUUUGUUGGUGGCGAAACUAGUUCGGGCACACCUAGCAAGGUGGAUUGUGGAGGAGGUGGAGGGGUGCUAGAAUGUCCUGCUGGGGACGUAGUAGCUACUUCAUCCUCUAGAGCAGUGGCUGCAGCAGAUGUAACCAACCCAUCCAUUAGACGUCUGAUUUUGUUCUUUUUCUCAUUCAGGACCAGUUUGAACUUGCUGUACAUCUCUUUUUCCACCUGUUCCUUGCUACGGAUUGCAUGCUCAAGUCUUUCGAGUGCUGUUUGUUGUUCUUGGGCCAGUUGCAGAUUCACUCUCUGUAGUUCAGAUAUCUUGUUCUGAAGGCAGAGGAAGGUGCUGACUGCAUGCUCCAGGAUCAUACUGUGAGUUGGUCCUGCCUCCUCUUCUCUCAGCAGCACACUGCCCAGCUGGAAUUUGACAUUAUCUGGAAGCAAGUGUCGUUUCCAACUCAACUGCAGUCCCCCAGACGUGUGGGUCACGCUGUAAAAGAAGGUUUCCGUGGCCCUGGGCUGCCCGGACAGUGCACGUUCCGACUCCUGUUUGAACUCCUCUGAGUCAAUGCCGACUUGUCGCGCCAUGCCACUGAGGUUAGCAGUAGUCAGCAGAGUAGUCCAGGUCCGGCUGUCCACGCACGCCGCCAGUCGCAGACCCGCCUCCUCUCCCCCCGUCAGGACGUAGACACGUUCUCCAGUGUCCCCGUCCACCAGUCGCGACAGAACCUGGGACGGUGGACCAUCGCUCCCACAGCCAAGCAAAUCCAUAUCCUCGCGGCGCAGCAAAGU